GUGAAAUGACAUGCAAAUGGCGUCAGCUGGUUCCUGAAGUCGUGCAGAACUGCUCGAGUCAGAAAAAAUCCUCCAUUUUGAACCCAAAAAACUCAUGUUCUACUUGGAAAUUCCUCCCAGCUAACCCAGCCAGAAGUUAGGAUAUUUAUUCAGCAAGGCUGAUGCUUUAACGAAAGGAUGGCGGCUUUUUCUCAAGCCUCAAAAAUCAGUAAAGAAGAAAAGGAGUUUCCUUGUGCUCCUCCGCCGAGCCCUAUCACAAGUUCUCGGAGAAAUUUUGACCUCUCUGUUUCUCCACUUUCUUCAUCUCCUGAUGAAUCAUAUAAAGACGAUGAUAUGGAUAUGAGUGAUUCUCUUAUUAUGGCUUUAUCUAGGAUGAAUGUCGAACAAUCUUCUCUAAAAAGGAAGAAGCAUUCGGAACAUGAAUUUUCGUCGUCGGGUUACAAGGGAGAAGUAUUCGUUCAAGGACAGAAGAAGGCCAAAUGUAAAAAGAAGCACGCACAGAGUUCGACCAUCACUUCUCAAUCUCAUCUCGAAAAACUCGUAUCUGUGGACCCUGUGAAAAGCUCUAUAUCCGUGCCAAGCACGUAAAAUAAUGGUUCUUGUUUUAAAGAAUAAAUUAGUUGAAUUUUACCAAUUUUACAGAGUACAAGUAUCAAGUUGCUCGAAUCGAAAACCUCGAACAAGUAAAAAAAAAUUUUUUUUUUCAAGCUUCCAUUGUCGUGUCAUCUUGGAGCUUCAAGUCACGAACGAAGAAACUCAAAUUUAUGAACAAAGUUAAAUAACACAUUUCUAGAAUUUUAGAGAAAACUAUAUGUUUAAUACAGAAAAAAUCAAAUAUUUUUCGUCGCUCAAGGCGGCAGAAAAUCGCGGAUAAAAUAACCAAUGUCGUGACCUCGUAAAGGCAGGCAUUAGAUCUUUUUGACAUGCAUCUAGCUGAACGUUUUAAUGGCCUUUCGAAGAAGCUUAUUUUAUAUAGUAAAAUCUCCACAAAGAUUAAAGAAUAAGACUAGUUGAAAGCCAAAAUGUUACGGUUGAUACGUGUAAAAAUCUGGUUCGGGAUUUGAAGUAGUUGGAAAGUUGAAAAAAUGUAGAAGCGUCAAUUGUACGAAGAUCGUUAUUAUAAUAUUAUCGAAAUUGAAUAUCUCUCGGGUCUUAAAGAAAGAAAAUGUUGUUAUAUAAUUAUAUUUAUCUAUAAAAAAGGGUUGCAAAAA